AUGCUUACAAUAACAUCAUUCAUAUUAAUCAAAGACAGACUAUCGGAUUCGUGCCGUUCACUGUUCACCCAUGGACUAGAAGAAUACCAGAAACGUACUCAAGAAGAACAGUCAUUAAGGGAGGUUAUCGAAGAAGUUAAAGAUGCAGAUCGUGCUGAAGGUAUACGAUUAGCUCGACAAUUCAGUGAUUAUAAACAUCAAGCGUUGAAUAAACUCGAAGAAACACCAGAAAUACAGACGCAACUUAUUGAGGAAAUUUUGACAGAAUAUCGAAAAAAAGUUGAUGACUUAUGGGACCAACUGAUGGCAAAUGAAAUGGUCAUCUCAGAGCAGAUUGAAGAUGUUGUCAAAGAGUUUGAACGAAACAUAAGAGAUAUGAUAGCGUAUUUUGUUGAAGCAGCUCAAAACUAUCUGAGCAAAUGUCGUGAGGCUGCCAUUGGUUUUCAUGAGCGGUUAACAGAAGCAACACUACCCUACGCAGAACGUUUGGGUAAAAAUGAACUGACAGAAACAGAUCAAGUAUUAUUCCCAGACAGGGAUACAAUGAUAAAUAGUUUGGCUCAAUCGAAAGACAACCAAGCCUUACGAAUGGAUGAAUGCGAAGAAAGCCUAAUAAGACGAGCUAAUCAAUGGUGUGAUCAAUUAGUUGAAAGUAUCUACCAACAAGAAGUAUUUGAGCGGCAUAAAAAUAGAGUUACUGAAAUCAACUUAUUCAUUGACCAUCAGAGAGCUGAACUUGAUGCUUUCGAUUUAGCAGCAAUCUAA